AUGGCUGACCAAGAGAGCCCAACAGCGACCCAUAACUCGCCUCGCACGUGGCUUCUGACGGCAUCGCUGUCGCCCUUGACCGUUCGUCUGAUCCGGCAGUUGUUAUCUCACGGCGAUAGCGUCGCGGCCUGCUUCCCUCCCUUGGAGAUUGAACAUGAGGAACGAAGUGCCGAGUUUCGUGAACUCAUCGACGAGUGCACUAGCGGACGGAAAGACCGGGAGGGCUGGAAGGACAGGAUCCGCGGAAUUCGCUGCGAUGGGAGGACUAUGAGUGGAUGCGGCGCCGCGGUUGCCGAGGCCGUCGAGGUGUUUGGAAGAAUAGAUAUCCUGCUGUGCUGCAGGUCUGAAGCUGUUGUCGGCACCGUCGAGGAACUUUCGACGAAUCUCGCCACCCAGAGCCUGGCCAGGGACCAGUUCGAGACCCUGUUCUUUUCCCAGGUCAACUUCAUCAAGGCCGCGUUGCCACAGCUCAGGGCCCAGCAUACGGGCCACAUCAUGGUCCUGACCAGCACCGGCGGCCACAUCGGAACGCCGCACAUGUCCAUGUAUACGGCGGCGACGUGGGCGCUCGAGGGCUUCUGCGACUCGCUCGCGUACGAGAUUGCGCCCUUCAACAUCAAGGUCACCAUCGUGCAACCCAACAAGGAGAUCCAGUCGCUCACGAACCGCAUCGCCUUUGCGCCGCAGAUUCCCGCCUAUGCGAGCAGCUUCGCAGAGGCCCCCAGCGUCCGCGAAAUGCUAACCACGGUCCUCAACUCGCAUCCUGACACGGCGGUACCGGCUAAUCCGGAUAUCGACAUGUCCGCUACGUCACCCGACAGCGUCUCACUGGAGCCGGGCGAAGCUGUGGGUGAGAUUUUUUACCGCUAUCCCAAAUUACCACCAUCCUCCAUCGACAAGCUAGUCAACGAGACCAUUUACGCACUGACGGCCAUUGGUGGCCACGAGAACCCGCCGUCACGACACAUUGUCGGCACGGAGGGGGCCCUUGCUGUCAAGGAGAAAUUAAAGACCGUCACGGAGGAAAUGGAGGACUUUGUCGAAGCGAGCCUUGCUGUCGACAUCUUUGAGAGCGAAUUGACCGAAGAGGCUAGAGACGAUAGGAAUCGUGGUGCUAGCCAAACGCCCGCUACGGGACUAUCGACCACGCCAUCUGGCCAAGCAGGACAGGAGGAGGAAAGACGAUGA